ACCAAGUCCUCCAAAGCAAAAAAGAAAAAAAAACUCUUCUCUCUCUUCUGUCGUCUAUCUGUGUGAUUCUUCCGUCAUUAGAAGAAAACAUCAACCUAACAGAGAAAAAAAAAACCUCUGAAAUUUCUUAAUUCUUAGAAGAAGGAACUUCAAUAAAUCUUCAGUUGUUUUAUUUUAGAGAGAGGAAGUUAGGAAGAAGAAUAGGGCCAUGGGACAGGCCUUCAGGAAACUCUUUGAUACCUUUUUCGGUAAUAGCGAGAUGAGGGUUGUGAUGCUUGGACUGGAUGCAGCGGGUAAAACAACUAUUCUGUAUAAACUACACAUUGGAGAAGUAUUAUCGACUGUACCCACAAUUGGUUUCAAUGUCGAAAAGGUUCAGUAUAAGAAUGUAAUUUUCACUGUGUGGGACGUAGGAGGCCAGGAGAAACUAAGGCCACUAUGGAGGCAUUACUUCAAUAAUACUGAUGGACUGAUCUACGUUGUUGAUUCUCUGGAUAGAGAGAGAAUUGGAAAAGCCAAAGCAGAGUUUCAGGCUAUCAUUAAAGAUCCUUUUAUGCUGAACAGUGUCAUACUGGUGUUUGCCAACAAACAGGACAUGAAAGGUGCAAUGACCCCAAUGGAGGUGUGUGAGGGACUUGGCCUCCGUGAUUUGAAGAACAGAAAAUGGCAUAUUCAAGGUACUUGUGCUCUUAAAGGAGAUGGCCUUUAUGAGGGGUUGGACUGGUUAGCAGGAACACUGAAAGAGUUAAAAGCGGCUGGAUAUUCUGUUACAUUGGGCACUUCAUCCUUUUAAACAGUCCAGGUUCAAUUUUCCAACGGUCAGUAAGGUGAAUUAUCAUAUGACCCACUGAAAAAGUACAACAGUUCUACUUCAUUUUGUAAUUCUAAAGCAAGUAUAGUAUUGGUUAACCAUUAGUCCUCUUUGUUGCUCUUAGAACUUUGAUCUAUUUAAUGGAAUGGACAUAUUGAGAUGUCGACUCCUAGCAUUCUGAUUAAACGAGGGUGACGUUAUCCUGGUCGGUUCCUCUUACUAGCCACUGCAGUAUACCUUUUUGUACCCCGAUGAAAAAAAGGUUCAUGUUUUAGUCUCUGAUGUUCUUGGUAAGAAUAAUAGACCCGUGAGAUUUAUCAUGUUGAUUAUGAUAUUGAUUGUUCAUAUUUCA